UUCAAGCAGUUAUGGUUGCGAUAAGUAAAAAGCAAGAAAAAACGGGAACACUGCGGAAGAAAGGAAAGAAAAGUAAGGAGAAGAAAAUCCGAAAAGUGGAAAUUCCCGGAAAAGUAUCAACAAAGGAGAAGAAUGUAGUUCCAUCAACAAGUUCCAAUGCCAAUGACAACAUGCAAAUUUUGCUCAGCAUCGAUUAUAAUAACUCUCUGCGAACAUUGCGAUAUGGAAUCAGUGAAAAAUUCAAUUCGGAAAGGCAUCUAUUUUUAAAGAAAGAUCCAACAAAUCAGUGUUCGUUAAUUGUUGCCAAUAUACCUCCAUAUAUCACUCCAGUUACAUUGGGACGGAUUUUGGCUGAACUUGGUUCUGGUAGACCGGAUGAAAUAAUCGCACAACGUGGAACAGCAACCGGUGAUAAAAUUACGGAAGGUUUUUACACAGCAUCUGCACACUUUAAAACGGAAGAUGCUAUUGAGCAAGCAUUACAGAAUUGUGAAAAGAUUCCAUUUCUCUGUUUGAGCAAAAUCGAUGUUGAACUGACACAUAAUGGAGCAGCAAAGUCGUGUGAUGAAUAUCGCAAAUCCUUCAAGACGGUAGCACAAUUACAGGAAAGCGUAGAUUCGUACAUCGAAAAGCAUGAUACUGAGAUCCUGGAAGAAAAACGAAAGGCGAAAAGGAUGGCUAAUGUACCGGACAAGGAUGGAUGGAUAACUGUUACAAAAUCGCAUUAUAAGCCUGUACCGCGCGCUAUUGUUGUGAAGAACAAGGAGGAUUUGCUGAAAUUGUCAAAGAAGAAAAAGCGCGUGGAAGAAAGCAUUGCUUUCUAUUCAUUCCAAUUGAAACAGUCAAAAUUGAAACAUCUUGAAGAAUUGAGACGGAAAUUUGCCGAAGACAAGAAAAAGCUGGCAAUUGCAAAAGCGGCAAGAAAAUUUCGUCCAACAUGAAGUCCCCAGUAAUCAUAAUUUUACCAUUGUUUUUGUGCCAGUAAAACUUCAUUCUGUAUAACUCCCCACAGAAAUAAUCUGCAACAGUAAUUAAGAAGAUAUCAUAAUGCAGAAUGCCGAAUAAAUGAUGCCGUUAAAACUAUGCAUAACCCUUAUACAAAUGACUAUUCUCGAAGAUAAUAAAAGAAUUGGCG